AAGAAGCUUGCGACGAUGGUCUGUCAGCUCAUGCAAUUCCAAGAGGACACUCUGGGCAAGGAGUCAAACUUCAAGCGCCAGCCAAAACUUCCCGCCUCUUUGCUGCGGGAUUUCAAUCCUCGCGGCGCGCUGUACGUCAUCGCAGCCAAGUGCGACGACAUCAUGGCAGCUCGGGACCUGAAGCGCAUCGAUUGGACCAACCCGGCAAAGCGCAAGGAGAACAUGGAGAUCCUGAUUGGAAUCAGGAAGGAGCUGGAGUCGGAGGGGCUGUUACGGCACCCGGUGGUGGGGGCGGACCCGGGACUGGGCCUGGAUCUGGUGUGCAAGCUGGGGGAGGCGGUACGGAAGAUGGGCGGCACGGUGGUGGACAACCCCGGUGAGUGUUUUAACGGAGUGAGUGUGUAUGGAUGUAUGCUUUUAUAUCUGAGCCGCAUAUUUCGAAGUGCUAAGCAGAUGCGCGCUGGCGACAUGGCGCUGGUUCACUGGACUCAACUCCCCGACAGCUACGACGAGUGGGUGCUAGCGAGACACGCGCCACCCGCCGGGCCCCUGCCUCCCUCGGAGCGGUCCGCUGCGUGGAGGGUGUACCCGCGCUGGGUUAAGGACAGCGAGCUGUACAACGAAUGGAUGAACCCAGCAGACUACAUCGCGGAC